GCCAACCAUCAAUAAGUUUUUUCUUUACAAAAAAAGAGAGAAGCUAUUGACAUGGGGUUAAAGAUGUCGGAAUCAGCCAAGCCCUAUUCUGCAAUGGUAUGCCUCCAAUUCGGAUACGUUGGCAUGAACCUGGUGACCAAGGUUGUGCUUGACCGUGGCAUGAGCCAUUUCGUCCUUGUGGCUUAUCGUAAUGUCUUUGCCACAGCCGCUCUCGCACCUUUCGCCCUUCUCUCCGAGAGGAAAGGGAGGCCGAAGAUGACGUUCCCAAUAUUCAUGCAAAUAUUUGUACUAGCUCUUCUUGGGCCUGUGAUCGAUCAGAACCUAUAUUACGCCGGUCUUAAACUCACUUCACCGAUUUUUGCCGGCGCCGUCACCAGCAUCUUGCCUGCUUUGACCUUUAUCAUUUCCAUAAUUUUCAGGAUGGAGAAGGUGAAGACGAGAAAAGUAAGAUUCCAAGCAAAAGUGGUGGGGACAUUAGUGAUAGUAGUUGGAGCCAUAUUGAUGAUUUUAUUCAAAAGUCCUUUAACCAUCUUUCUUCGGUCUCACCUCAUCCACGAUGCUUCGUCGCUGGCCGGCGAGGACUACCUCAAGGCCACCGUCUUCCUCCUCAUCGCUUCACUUUCUUGGGCUUCUUUCUUCGUUCUUCAGGCGGCUACUUUGAAGACGUACUCAUCUCACCUUUCACUAUCCACGAUGGUGUGCUUCAUGGGAACGUUACAGUCCACAGCCCUAACGUUUGUGAUGGAACCAAGCCUUUCAGCAUUGCACGUCGGCUUUGACAUGAACCUUCUAGCCUCUGCUUACGCUGGUAUAAUGACUUCGAGCAUAGCUUACUACGUUCAAGGGAUGAUGAUGGCGAAGCAAAAAAGCCCUGUCUUUGUCACUGCUUUUAACCCGCUUAUUGUCAUUUUUGGAUCCAUCAUUGGCUUCCUUGUCCUUGGCCAAAGAUUAUACCUUGGCGGGGUUCUUGGAAUGGUGAUAUUAACGAUGGGGGUUUGUGCGGUUCUGUGGGGAAAGGAAGGGGAUGAAGAAGAGAACAGCGAUGAGGAGGAGGUGUUUGUAGAAGUUGUCAAGUGUUAUAAAGGCUGCGGAAACAAUAGUCUCUCGAUGCCAAGAAUUGACGAAGAAGUAGAUGUUGAAAUGCAAUCUACAAGGAAAGCUAAGACCGUGGUGGCUUUGUUGUAGUCUCGUGAGUAGAGAAAUGUUCACGAGCUUAGUAGAUGUCUCAAAAGUCCAAUUUUUUGUUAAAUAGAGGAGCAACUUUUUAUUUUUUUUUUAUUUGUUAUAUAUUCUGCUCCAACCUUUUGCUUUUAGAUUUUGUUUUAUAAUCUUCUUAUUUUGUAGGAGUUAUAUUCAAUAAAUGUUUUAAAUCUAUCAGACCAA